AUGCUUCGUCAAUCUGUGUUAAGAUCUAUUAGACCAGCAAUUGCUUACAGACCAGUGGUCAUCUCGAGAAACUAUGGUAUUGUUGAUGCCGCUACUCAAGCUGUGUUCGGAAAGAAAGGUUUAGAGGAGAAGAAGCGCAAGGAAGGGGAAUUGGAAAACAAGGCUCAAGACGUAAAUUUAGAUGGUGGCAGAAAAGCUGCUAGUAAGUUGGAUGAUGCUCAGGAUGCUGCACAGGAAGCAAAGGAGACUGCCAAAUCAAACUUCGAAGAUGCAAAGGAUGCUGCAAAAUCAAAUUUCGAAGACGCAAAGCAAUCUGCCAAAUCUAAUUAUGCGGAUGCAAAAGAUGCAGCAAAAACAAAUGCCGAAAGUGCAAAAGAUGGCGCUCAAUCUACUCUUGAAAGUGCCACAGAGACUGUCAAGUCAGCAGCCGAGACUAUCAACAAAAAGACUGGUGAGGUAUUGGCUGAAGGUAUCGAUACCGCUCAAAAAACACUCAAUCCAAAUGAUCUUGCAGACAAAGCCAAAUCUGCUGCCGAUGCCGUCAAUAAAAAGACUGGUCAAGUCCUUGCUGAUGGUAUUGAUACUGCUCAAAAGAAUAUCAAUCCAAAUGAUCUUGCUGACAAGGCCAAAUCUGCUGCUGAUACUGUUAAUAAAAAGACCGGCCAAGUCCUUGCUGAUGGUGUAGAGGCUGGAGAAAAACUUGCCGACUCAACCAAAGAAGCAGCUGAUACUGUCAACAAGAAGACCGGAAAUGCGCUUGCUGACGGGGUUGAAAAGGGAGAAGAAUUGGCCAACAAGACCAAGGAAACCGUUGAUAGUGCUGCUGAUAAUGUCAAACACCAUCAAGCCAAGCAAGAGGUUAAAAAGAAUGCCAAGGGUUACGACAGUUUGAAAGACAAGGGUAGCAAUGUUGAACGUGAACAACAACGUCCAGACGAUGGUGUUUAA